AUGGUCAUUGUCUCUCUAUCUAUGCAUUCAUUGUUUCUCUAUUACCUAUCUAUUCUCUCUCUCUCUCUCUCUCUCUCUAUCUAUCUAUCCACUGUCUGUCUCUCUUUCUCUAUCUAUUUGUCUGACAAUUUGAACAACACCGAACAACUUCUUUUAUCUACUGCUGACGCUACGAAAGCAUCUGAAAAUUUUCUGGACAAUGGACAACUUUUCCUUGAUUUUAACCAGAAUGAUGUUGGCCACACAGUAGUGACACCAGCAGUUGUUCCCGCAGAAACAGAUUCACGUGGCAAAGAUUCUUUCUACUAUCUGAAUGGUGCUCUUACAGAAACCCCAGGAACCAUUAUUGCCUUGGAGCCAGUCGAACUUAGCGAUGAAAAUGACAGUGAUGCACCUCUCUUGGGAACUUCCUUGGACAGUUUGGAAACAGUCGGAGUGGAAUCUGCAAUUCCACUAAACCAAAAUAGCAAUCAUGGCUUGUCUGACGGAACCAAUGUUUCCAUGAUCGACACGAACAGAGACAAGAUCGAGAAGCUUGAAUCUCAAGAAAACUCUUUAUAUAAUGGCCCUUAUGUUGGAAGCACUGGUAGUGAUAUACCUCUGUUGGGAACAUCGCCUGACAGCGAGAAAUCUUCGACAGAAGACAUCAACUUUAGUUCUGCAAUGCAUAAAUCGACUGAACCACUGGUUAACCCUCUCACUCCCAGUGACCCCCAUUAUGGCUACCAGCAAUCCUCCAGUGGGGAACCUUCAGUUACUUUCUACACCCAAGCAGAGCCUAGUUUUGUCUCACCCUAUGUGGGUUCAAGCCAAGCAAGCGACGCACCCUUGCUGGCUCCGUCUUUGGUUAAUUUUGAAACUGCUGAGUCAACUGAUAUUGUCAAUAAAAACGAGAACCCUAUCUUCGAUUAUGCCGAUUCUAAUCGGAAUACCGAAGCCAUCACUUUCCCACACCUAAGCCAAUUACCAUCUGAGCCAACCAAUUCCCUUCUAGCAUACUUGGAGCCGGAUUCAGACAAACCUGAACGAGAUAAUAAUACAGUGUGUGAAUCUCAAGAUAUCUUCCAGGAAGCCGAAUUGCGACAAUUCCAGGAAGCUGAGCAUGCUUCGUGCAGCCGUGCCAAUAACCAGAUUAAAAAUGCUAGCGUUGUAAAUUCAGUUCUGGUUUGUGGUACUAGCGACGCGAUUAAUGUUACCCUGGGGAUGUCGUACGAUAAUGAAGACAGUGAUACUCCACUUCUGGAUUUAAGUCCAAGUGUUUCCCUUGAAGAAAAACUUGAUAGAGACGCUGCUCUUGAAGGACCACCUGCUGAAACCUUAGUUGCAGACAUCCCCGCUGAAGACUUUUCGGUGGAUCAGAUUCUCAACAACCAGCCAACCUCGGAAUUUGAAAAUGUAGACGAAACCAAAAAUGACAUUAUGAAAACAUUUACUAAACAGACAAGCACCGAUAGCAGCGCUCCAUUAAUCGAAGAAAAGUCAGUUAAACAACAUUUUUCUGAUCUGGAAAUCCCUCCCAACUACCGAGUAAUUGAAUGCGAACCCUCAUUCAAUAUGAAUAAAACUGCCCCUUUCCUACAUCUGUACGGCAGUUCAAAAUUACUCUCCAAUCCUCACUGUGCCAGCCAGGAACACGUCAAUCUGUCCGAGGCCUGCAUCCACAUGCUUAAUCAUCUCAACAACAGCUACUCGAAUAUGUCUCUGAUGCAGAUCUCGUCACUUAAAGACAUCCGAGACAUACAUCUCGAAAAGCUAGACAGUGGACCGGAAGAAGAAGAAGAAGAAGUAAAACCGGGCAAACAUUGGAAGAAUCUGUUUGCGUAUAGCAUUGGUUUCAUGGUGAUGUACAUGGCCUUUGGCUCACUGCGACAUUUACAGAGUAGCUUGAAUUCCGAAGCCGGUGUUGGACUAAUGACCCUAUCCUGUUUGUUUGCAUUUUUCGUGAUUGGAUCCUUGUUCGCUUCGUACGUUGUCAAGAAACUGGAGCCACGAAAUGCGACACUUGUGACCGUUCUGUUUCACUUGCUUUAUGUAAUCAGCAAUUGUUAUCCCAAAGUUUAUAUUCUCAUGCCUGUCUCCGCAUUACUGGGUUUCUGGAAUGCAGUAUCUUGGGGUGCAUCCGGAACCUAUAUCCAACGCUUGGCUUGCAAUUAUGCAAUGAAAACGAACCAAAAGACGGAACAUGUCUGCAGCAAAUUUCACGGAAUCUUCUACCUCAUCGUCUUCUUUUCCGAAGUGUUUGGCAAUUUGAUAUCGUCUGUAAUUCUAGGAAGCAACUCCUCAGUUCCUGUGUUAAUCUCUCCAAACAACACAUCCUUCCUUGUUAACCAGACAACGUCUCCGGUUUCAGAAAAUUUCAGCAGCCAAUAUGCUCAUUGCGGGGUUUCCUAUAGCCAUUCGGAUGACACUAACACUGACACUGUUCCAGUAGAUCAGACUACGAUCUACGUCCUUACUGCUGUGUUUGCCGGAAUGGAUAUCAUAGCCUUUUUUAUAAUCUUUUUCUGCGUCGAUCCACUGACUUUGUAUUACAGAUGUGAGACUGCAACUGACGUCAAGAGCUGUUGGCAGGUGUGGCAAGAUGUCAAAUCCGUUCUCAUCUUCAUGACCGACUGGAGAUUCAUCCUGCUCGUCCCACUCUACAUGUUCAGCGCCAUCCACAUUGGUUAUAUCAGCGCCGAAAUUACUAAGGCUUUUGUUACGUGUUUCCUUGGAAUACACAUGUUCAUACAUCACCGGCUGGCUCAAUCAGAUAACGGGCAGACUAGUUUUGAUAAGCAUAGUUACAUAAACAGUUUUAUAGAGGAAUUGAAAGAUGCUGACGAUAAAAAAUAUAAAAGGCUUGCACAGCAGUUCAGAUUUUCUUGCCCCGAUGAGGAAGACGAUGCUUUCACGAGUGGCACCAUAUGCCCUGAAUUUGCCGAGUUCUACGGAUCUUUAUUAUUUCAGCUGAUCAUCAUGUCCUUGUUGCUAUGGCAACCGGAUUCAUCCUCUCUUAUCCCUUUUAUCCUCAUAUUUGCAUUUUGGGGAUUAUCUGAUGGUUUUUAUGCAUCCCAGUUAUGUUCAUUGACUGGAGUGAUGUUUUCUGAAACAUGUGAAGAAGCGUUUUCAGCUUAUCGCAUGAUGCAAGGAGUGGGCCUGACCAUCGCCUACAGCUAUGCACCUGUCCUACCUCUUGACAUCAAACUUUACAUGCUCAGCGGCUUGGGCAUUUUUUUUUUUCUGGCUGCUCUACGUAUUGAUGGAGUACCUCGACAAACGUUCUGCACGGAUCAAAGAGUUGGUGAUUGA